GACAUAUGUGACAUAUGUGAUAAGAGUGGGGGUUAGAGAGAGACAACUCACCAUCUCAUUCAGCAGCUUGAGGAUGCUGAUUCUGAGCUCCUUUCCUGCAUGUAAAAAGGAUUCACAUUGACUCGGAUCAAGAAACAAUUGUCACAGCAGAGUUGUCUCGCAUCUGAAGGGACGUUCCUGAGCGAGCAGCCACUCAUGACGUGAACUUCUGAACACACCCAUUGAGAUAAAAAAAUAUAUCAAAAAAAUAAAAACACUGAGGUGAUUCAUCCGACGAACUCAGAGCAAGCAGCAGCCCACUUCCAAUUGUCAUGGCAACAGCAUGUGAAUGCAUUGGGCCAUAGGUGCAGACUGUAGAGUGGAUGUAGGAGUGCGGCAUCGGAAGCCACAGCUCUAUCUCCUGAAGCAAGCUGUAAGUGUAAAUGGUGAGAAACCAGACAUCACGCAGUAUAGAUCUCAUCUGGGAGUGUUUUUGUGCUCUGACUAUGGAUGAACAGGUAGCAGUUGCCAUGGCAAACACCCACUCUUUCUUUAUCAAGCACAAGACCAAGAUAAGUAGACAUUUUCUGACGUCCUUCCUUCUUCCCAGCCACAGCUCUCUCUCGCCCAUCUCCUACUGUCACACUCUCUAUAUAUACAGUAUCCUUCUACUCAAUGAACUACGUCUUAAUUCAAAAGGGAAAUUAACAAAAGGCAGAAUAGCAUAUAUUGGUUUUAUUUCUGAGACCAAGAUGAACACCCCACUAUGCUCGCACUCACACAACUUGUUUCUUCUCUCUUCUCAUCCAGCUGAAUGAAAAGUGAAACCCCGUUCUCUAAAGAGGAGCCAUCUCUGCUCAGCCAAUCAGCCUGUGAUCUGCCUGGUCUCUGAGGAAAGUCUCUGAUGCCAUGGAGCACAGGGCCCUGAUGUAUACCAGUCAACCUUGGAAGGGGCCCAAGGGCUCCACCUUCACCCCCAACUGGGACACCCCAUCAUGCCGACCAACCGUCACAUCCCUUUGCCCUGACGUGGUAAAGUCCCCGUGUCAACAUGCUGCCAACAUAUGUCACCCUUCAGAAGUCCCUGUGACCUCGCAGUCCCAGCAGAUUGGCCCCCACGCCUCAACAUCCUCUGGGUAUUCUGCCACUGCCAACACUGCCAGUAGAAAAGCUGAAAAGGAGUGUAAUAUAGUCAUCCCCAUUCAAAAUGAGGAGACGGCCCUGCCAGCAUACAACCCUGGGUUUCGCGGACGCUCCUUCUCCGCAGCCACUGCCUCCCACCCAGUCCCACCCAGACACAGAUGUGACAGCUACGUCCACCUAUGCCCCGACAACGGCUCAGAGGACACUAGCAGAGGCGACGCCUCCCAGUUGAGCCCAGACGUCUCCCCUGAUCACGGUGGUCCACGGUCGCGGUCCCGCAGCAUCAUCCUGAGGAAGACAAAGAGGAGGCCGGCGCCGCCAACCCGUAGCGUGUCCCUCAGGAGAGAAUCUGCCACCAAGCUCAGAGACAACAGGACUAAGAGCCUUUAUAUCGACAGGGACCCUGCCCCCCAUGACUCAUUCCUGCCUGACCUCAUCCUCAUCUCCACACCGAGGACAGAGGAGGUGCUGUGCCUGGAGCAGUCCCAGCCUGUACAGGCCCGGGUUGGGCCACCAGUCAACGACAAUGGGCAGCUACGUGAAGUAAGGUCUAUUGAGCCCUGCUGUCUCAUGUCAAGCUCAGGUCCUGCAAUGGGUGUACCUGUAAAUGAGGGAAGAAAAGCCUCCAGCAGGUCAGAAUCGGUCAGACCCCUUCCCCCCUUGCAACGCCCGCAGUCUCUAACUUGUAAGCAGUCCCCCUUCCAACAACCUGCCUCAGUCUCUCCCUCCAGUAGCCAGUCCAGCUCUCAGUGUGAGACUCAUUCCCCUCCUGUCCUCACAUCUGCCAUCAUGGGACCCUCCCCCUUGGGCUGCAGGAUGCGCCCCAAGUCCUCCACCUCGCCCACCUCCCCCAGAUCCAGCAGGCUGCGGCUAUCCUUGGAGUUGCCAGGAGUCGUCCCUCUCCCAGACCCGGCGGUGAUCAAACCCAAAGCCACCCGGCGACACUCAGAGUCCUCUGGGUCGUCUGGCACCACCAGACCCAGACAGAGGCUGAGCUCCAGCAUGAUGGUGAUGCCUGUGGUGACCCAGGAGGAUCUCAGCAAUGUGCGUUUGCGUUCCGUCAGCAGCUCAGACUCUGACAAAGGCCUGGAGGGCUCACCUGAAGUCAUCAGGGAGGAGGAGCUGGAACAGGAGCUAGAGCUGGAGAGCUGCCCACUGGUCCACCACAGUCCUAAAGCUAAACCACCUGUUGCUGCUAAGCCCCCUGCACACAAAUGGCCACCGAUACAUUUGGUAAAGUCUUCCUCAGUCUCUACUCAUUUCCCAGAGACCAUUCCAGCCUCACCAAGAGAGAACCAGGGGGACAUGUAUAUGGUGGAAAGGAGACCAAAACCUAAAAGGUCGCACCAGCUUCCUCGUGUUGCCAGUGAUGGGGUUAUGGUUGAGAGGCAGCAAGCUGUAGACAGGCAACAAUAUGAUGACCCACACCCACCACCCACCUCCUGCCAUUCAGAGAACAGGGAUGUGAGAAGGACCUCUCCCACCAGGACCUCAUUUCUCCUAGCUGAACUGGAUAGGAAGAAGAAGAUGGUUCCCCCUCCAGUCGCAAAGAAACCGGAUGUCCUCUUCAUGUCCUCCAUCAGCUCACUGGGACAGAAGAGUAAUAGGAACCAUGUCUGGUCUGGGCCCAGUGGUGCUUACCAGUCUCCUGCCAGUGCAUACCAGUCUCCUGCCAGUGCAUACCAGUCUCCUGCCACUGCAUAUCAGUCUCCUGCCAGUGCAUACCAGUCUCCUGCCACUGCAUAUCAGUCUCCUGCCAGUGAUUACCAGUCUCCUGCCAGUGCAUACCAGUCUCCUGCCACUGCAUACCAGUCUCCUGCAGCUGCAUACCAGUCUCCUGCCAGUGCAUACCAGUCUCCUGCCAGUGCAUAUCAGUCUCCUGCCACUGCAUACCAGUCUCCUGCCAGUGCAUACCAGUCUCCUGCCAGUGCAUACCAGUCUCCUGCCAGUACAUACCAGUCUCCUGCCAGUGCAUACCAGUCUCCUGCCAGUGCAUACCGAGACAAAGACUUUACUGGACAAGAUCUCAACCAUCACAGUAUAAGAGAUGGGUUCGUCCUAGAUGAGAACUGUGAAGAGAGGAGGGCAAUGUCUCAGAUGAGAACACUGUGCCUCGGGGAGGAAGAGGAGGAAGAGUUGGAGCACAACUCACAGUCAACUACUGAGGACCUAUUCACCAUCAUACACAGGUCCAAGAAGAAACUCCUGGGUCGCAAAGAAACAGCUGACAGCAGGCAAGGUUAUGGAUCCCCCAUUAAAGGCAUCCAGGGGGUUGUCCAGAAGUCAAGCUCCAAAAAUGACAACUUCAUGGCUUUUCUGCAGAGGCGGAGGAGCAAUAAAUCCAACUCUGGGGAGAGACUGUCAGCCGCUGAACUGCUGAAGAGUACCAAACCACUGGUCGGUCAGCCAUAGAGCAUCAAACAACUCCAAUGUUUAUGUUUCUCAAUGUGUUGCAAACACUUAUCACUCAAUAUGGGGCAUGAGGGUAUUGUGGACAAUCAGGGAC